AUGAAAGAAAAUAGACCGAGAUUGUUUGGACAUGUCAUGAGAAGAGAUGAAUCAAAAAAUUGUAGAUACACAAUUUUAAUGAAAAUAAAUGUAGAAAGAAAGAGCGGGAGAGGAAGAUCAAAAAAGAAGUAUUUCGAUUUGAUUGAGAAUGAUACAAGGUCGACGGGUGCAUGUGAGGAUGAUGUGGGGGAUUUAGGUUAAGUGGAAAUUUAGGUCGAGAGUGGUCGACUGUAAAUAGUUGGUAUGAAUGCGAAGGAGUCGUAAUUGAAAUAGAUAGGUACUAGAUAAUUAAGUUUUACUUUUAGAUAAAUUUAAAUCGAUGAUUUCCUGUAAUUUUUUAAUACUUUUUUCAAGUUUUAUUUUCGGCCCCAUUAAGUUUUGUGUUAAAUUUAUUUUUUCGAUUAUUUGAAUUAUUUAUUAAAGUGUUUAGAUAAAUUAGCUAAAGCACGGUAUCACACUAUCACUAAAUUGUAAUAUCAAAUAGAGAUUUGAACAAUGAUUAAAUAGUAUGAACGGACGAACUGAUGACCAUUAACGAACAACGAUAUAAAUUAUAAUUAUUAUCACACAUUUAUACUACAUCCUAACAUUCAGCUAUCUCUAAUAAUACCGAAUACAUACAAUACCAUAUGAAACCAUGGAAACAACACCAUAUGUCAACUGGAAUUAGGGACAAACCGAAGAUGGGUCAUGGGAGGGGUGGAAAGUAGGGAAGGUAGAAUACAGACGGGAACUUAAUAUAAACAAUAAUAAAUCAUUGUUAACAAAAAAGCGAUUCUGAGCGCAGUUCAGUUGAUAGUGUUGCAUUGUCAACAAUAUAUAUGCCAUAUUAUGCUAAAAUGGUUAUAAUAAUGUGCGUUUCCAAGAUAAUAGUGAUUGUUUAAAAAAGAUUUAUAAAAUAAUAAAAACUUAAUAAUAACAAAAAAUAAAUAAAAACGGCUGCUAAUAGCCUUAUUUUUAAUCUUUUAAUAUUUUUUAACCUAAAGAACCAUGUUUUCUUAUUAUAUCGAAUAUUAAUGAGAAUUGCAAAAAAUGAUCUUUUUAAAGAUUUAAAGAAGAUGGUAUACUUGAUAAUCGAUGUAAGCUUUCUGGUAGAAAAAGUGUUCACAUAAAAAAAAGAAAUUAAAAAUAAACAUUAUUGUAAAACCAAUACAUUCGCUAAAUUCAGAAUCUAAUGAUAAAAGCAUUAUUUUCGUAUAUCUUCCGAUUUUCGCAAUUAUUAUGAAAACUGCUAUGAUAAAAUUUCCUUUCAGAAAAGGUGCUAUUAUUGAAAAUUGAAGCAAGAUUGGUAGAAAUUGUAUAAAUUGUAAAAAAUAAUAACAAUAAUAAUAAACAUCAUUGUAAAACCAAUACAUUCCUCGUUCGCUAAUUGACGCAAUUAUUGUGAUAGUUAAUACAUUUUGUACAUGAUUUUAUAACAGUUAGUUACUAUUCUUGCUAACAAAAAUUAAAUAUUUUAAAUUCUUGUCUGUAAAUUUAAAAACUUCACCCCUCUCAUUUCCAAUGAUUUUUUUAAGAACGUCCCGACUGGAAUCACCCAAUUAUGUGUUUUCCGAAAACAAGUUAAAUAAUUAAUAGUGACGUCAACACCAGACAAAAAUAAUUUAAAAAUAUAAAAUUUCUAAACAACAAAUGUGGAAUAUUAUACAUGUUCUUUUCUGAGGGUCGGAGAAUAUAGGAACAACGUGCAUUUGUCAAAUACACUACAAUAAUACGUGAAGAGGAAUUUUCUCGCAAGAAUAGUUGCUCAUCGGGUGUGCGCUUUUAAAAACAGAAGCAACUGGUGACCAAAAAAAAUAAAAAAUUUGUACAAGUCUCCUGUGUGUACCUACUGUCUACUCUUAUAAUUUUAAAAAUUGAAAUGAAUCAUAGGGUAUACAAAGUGCAUUAAAAGAGUAUCCUGGAUCGAUACCAACUUCGGUUUUUCUAAUAAUAAUCUAUAUUAAAAACUACAUAAAUUGAUGUAGUAGGUAUCAGUCAAUUACCGUCAACUCGUUAACGAGACACUCCACGUUGAAUUUCGGGUAGGGAAUAGGGGGAGAUUAGUGGAGUAUAAUUUGUGUAACGGUACAGUACGGAGUGUUUGAAUAGUGUUCUUUUACUUUCCUUUAACCGUUUUACCUCUAAAAAGAAGAGCGUUAAAAAAUAAUGAUAACGGAACAUUUAGUGCUGUUUGCUUAAAUCGUCAAACAAAAUUGUUUUAAAAAAGUCAAUACUUUGCGAAGUGUUGUUAAAUGAAUCACCUAUCAUUUUAGAUUCUAAGUAGAGCGAAGGAGCUUUUAUAGAGAUGUUUAUUUUUUUUUUCUGUGGACAACUUCUACCAGAGGACUUGCUUUGAUAUUUACGUGUAUCUCAAUUUCUGAAAAGAAAUCUGGGGGGGAGGUACUUUAAGGAGGUCAUUUUUUGAUUUUCUUAGAAGUUUUCUCAAUAAAUGUGAAAAACCAGGAAAAAAAGAUGGGAAAACCGAGAAAAACGUAGAAAAACCGGGAAUAUCGGUUCAUCAAACAAAUAUUAUGAAUAAUAGUAUAUUAUAAUACCUAUUUAAUUGUUUUACCAUAAUAUGACCUAUAUAUUGUUGACAAAACAUCGCUAUCAAUUGAACUCCGCUCAGAAUAGUUUUCACAUUAGCAAUGGUUAAUCGUUACUAACAGAUGUAUUAAAUUGCCUAUAACAGUGGCUACACCCGUCCCUAUUAUCUUAGAACGUGUCUCUUAAUAAUAAAAAUGCUAAAUUUAAAUACAUUUAAAUAAAAAAACACAUUUAAUACAAUAAAUUAAUAUACUAUAUAGUAUUUUUUGUACUUGGUAUACCGGUAUAUAUUAUACGCCAGAUAUCUACCUACCAAUUCAAAACAAAAUUUUAGAAUUUAUGUUAAUGUAAUACACUAACAGUAUAAUUUGAAUCGAUAUUUUCGUAAUAUACAACAUUAUUAAUUACAUUAAAUACAACAAUUAAUAAAAUUUGAUUUGAAAAAAAAAAUACGAUUACUUACAUUAGGAAUGGAAAGGAUAAAUUAUAUACACACAUCGCUAUCAUUAUUUGUAUUUGUCAUUUCUGUAUGUGUGUAAUAAUUUUAUUUCUAUAGGUACUGACAUUUAAAAAUUAUGGUGGGGGUACAUUCUAGCGUCAGAUACAACGAGCAAGUGACCUGCCAAACUAAGGAUUGUUUGAAUUCAAAUUUAAUUUCAUUUUGGUUCCGGCUCUGGUGACUAGUGAGCACAUUUUUGCAGACGAAUAUAAAAUUAAUCCAGGUAAUUUUUUAUUUAUUUAACUGCAUACAUUAGUAUGCAUACAUAUUAGUUUACUUAAUAAGUUAAUGUUUAUUAAAAUAUUGACUUAUUAUUUUUAGUUUUACUUAAGUAAAUAAAUUAUAGAUUUAUAGCCCACAUGAAGGUGGCCGAUUCUAAUUUUAUUUCGCUUUACUUAUUUAUUGACGCCAAAUAAUUUAUUUCAAAUUAUGAGUUCGACAAAUGCAGUAGAUUUCACAUAGGUCAAAUAAAUUAAUUAAUUCAUACACGGGAAAGUAUUAGGUACUUACAUACUUAAUUAUAGAGAAUGGUUAUUAAUACUCAUUGAAUUUACAAAUAUAUGGGGUGUAUAGUUUUAAAAUCAGCUAUACGGAAAUACACUUUCAAAAUGGUUAAACAAUGAUUUAGUUGGGAAUAAUGGAAAUAAUAUGGAAUAAUUCAAAAUAACCCAUCUAAUAAAGUAUGAUAUACAGUUUUAAACGGCAAAAUAUGUUUUUUAAAUUAAUUUGCUCGUACUUGAUUUUUAAAUUAAACACAUUACCAUUCUUAAUUUUAUAUAAGUGCUUAUAAUCAAUGUUUUACAAAAUAUAGAAAAAAUUAUUGUUAUAAAUUAUAAACUAUUUCUUAAUUAACUUCUGUUUUGUAACAAAUACAAUGUUAUAAUAUUAACAACAAUGCAUUUUUAAAGCGCAUUAUAAUAGAAUUGUCAUAUAUUAAGUUCAAUAAGUACUUAUACAGUAAUACCGACUUACCUAAAUAAUUUGGUGCCUAUCUAGUUACAUUUUUUUGUAUGUUAUGAAUAAAUUGUAUAAUACAUUAGGUUUUAUAUGAAUAGAUAAUGAAUGUAUGAAAUAAACGUAUAUCAAAUUAAUUCAAUAGAGUAAACCGUAUAGGUAAGUAAUACAAAUACAUAUGUGUUGAAACUAAACAGUGUUAAAAAUGCAAAUUUUACUCUGUGUAACAUUUUUGGAAUUUAUAUUCUACAUGGUGAAUUUAAUUCCCGUUUUAUUAACUAUUCGCCAUUUUACCAAAUAUUUACCAUCGUGUAUAUUCGUACUCAUGUUAGACACCAAAGAAACUGGUUUUUGGAGUAUUUGUGAAUUUUAAUAGGAUGAUGUAGGCCUAUUUAUAUAUAUAUAUAUAUAUAGGAGAGGUCAUUAAACCAAACAAGUAUGAUUUGCAAAAGUUUUAGAUAAUUCAAGGUUAAAAACUUUCACCUUAAUCGAUCAUAAUAUUAUUAUAUUUGAACAUUUCUGUUACUAUGUAACAUCGUACAAAUAUAAGAUGAGCGCCCUUCAACUUGACAUUGACAUGAUAUUAUAAUGGCCGGUGUUUAUUUUAUUUUUUUUUUAUAAUUUUCGGUCAUUCUAAAGAUAUAUGGGAAGACCGAAAUGUAUACACCACCUAGUCCUACGCAUGUAACUAACUGUUGAGUGCAUGAAAAAAACAGUUAAACAACAUAUUAAUAUUAUUUUGAUUUAAUAUAAUAUUACAUUGGAUAAUAGUAUUAAACUAAUAAUAGUGUGGGCAAAUAUCGGUGUCGAAGACCUUCGCAGUCAACGACACUGCAUAAAUCCUACACUCAAUAAUAUCCUCUGCAAUAUUCAAUUAUAAAAAAAUAUAAUAAGGCUAAUCAUUACCCAUUAGAUAAAAUGGCUUAGACCAAAAGUAUAUAACUAUGUUUAACAUUUUAUAUUUUUCCUUGUAACUCAGUUUUACCUCAAGUAUCAUUAUUUAUUUUACAUUUUUAUUUCGUUUGUAAGCAUGUAUACGUAUUAUUUUACGUUUUGAUAUUUUUAUACUUAUACUCAUCAUAUAGGUAUACCGCGUGUAUCAUUGUACUGUGUUCAUUAUAAUAUAUAAACGUAAAAUGAAGAAGACGUUCGUAUUUUAUUAUUUAAUGUGUUUUAAAUUGCAUUCAUUUACAUAAACAUACAUAUACGUACCUAAUAUAUUAUAUACGUUUGUACGACCAGAUUUUUUUGCAUGAUUUGUUUAACGUUAUUAAUUUAUUUAUCUUUGCGUACUUGUAUACUCGUGCGUACCUGAUCAAAAUUUAAUGUCUGAAGAAUUUAUAAAUUGAUCACUCGUAUAAACUGAAUCGAAUAGGAAUUUUAUUCCUAUGUGGGUACCUUAGAUGCAUCAGCCGUGCGAAAUUCUAAAAAAAUCCUUAAAAUAAGGUCUAAUUAUAUGAUUUUAUUAUAUUAUUGGUUGAUUAAUUAAUAUAAUUCUCUGAGCAUAACGUUGAAUCAAAAACCUGUUUUUAGGGGGUUUGCAGUCAUUGAAAAAUUUAGUAUUUAGACCAUUAAACUAGAUUUAACUAUAUUUGGGAUAUGGGUAAUUAAUUUGACGGAUUUUAACUGUACAAACGAAUUUGAAUUGAUUUAACGAGUUUACUAGGUUUUGAAGGAAACGAUUUUUAAUAAUCCAAAAAUAAUAUUGUUAUGAUGAAGAAUAUAAAUUGAGAAAGGGAUACCAUACUUUUGUUCACCGAUAUUGAUGUCAAAAUAGAUAUUUAAAGUCGCUUUCGUCAUAACCUAGUGAACUCGUUAAUCAAUCAAUAUCCGUUUUUAAAACUAAAAUCCGUCAAAUUCAAUACUUAUAUUUUAUAUCACUUUUCGGUCAAAAGCGAAAUAUUCAUCCGUAAAUGGUCGAGGUCCUUCCCCUUAAAUGUAAAUUCGGCAGUAGAUUAGUGGAAAAAUCUGGAGAAAUUUUUUAAAACCGACUCAAAAUCCUUUAAAAAAUAAAUUAUUUUAAUUUUAAUACCUAUGAUAUUUAAAAAGAUGGACAUAUUACCAGGGACGUUCUUAAAAAAAAGUCUUAAGGGGGGGAGGGGUGUGGAUGAAGUCUUUAAAUUUGCUGACUAGAAUUUAAAAUGUUUAAUUUUUGUUAACUAUAAUAGUAACUAAUUGUUAUAAAACCAUACGCAAAAUUUAAAAACUAUCACAAUAAUUGCUUCAAUGUUUAUAUUCUGAGCGAAUGAGGAAUGUAUUGGUUUUACAAUGGUGUUUAUUAUUAUUAUUAUUUUUACAAUGUAUUGAAUUUUUACCAAUUUUGACAAUCGGUACAACAUUAAACAAAUAUUAUUAAAGAAAAUAUAUAAAGCCUAAUUAAUUAUUUACUAGAAAAUGACAUAUAUAUUGUUAACAUCACUAUCAACUGAACUCCCCUCAGAAACGUUUUUUCGUAAGCAAUGGUUUAUCGUUGCUUACAGGUAUACAUUAAAUUAUCUUUAACAGUGGCUGCCCCUGUCUCCAUUAUCCUAGGACGACUUUUUAUUGUUACUCAUUUUAAAAUAUUCCUAUAGACUUGAAAUUUAGACAGGAAACUUAUAUUGGUAUUUUCUAGGCGUGAUAAAAUUUUCAAAAUAUUUAUGCUUUUUUUAGGCCUUUUAAUUUUACGAGUUUUUUAAUGUAGUUUUUUUUUGUUUGGUGUCAUUUAGAUCGUACUUGUGGUCAAAAAAAAAAAAAAAAUGAGUGGAAUGGAGAAUUAUUUGUGUAAGAAUUUUAAUAUCAAAUUUUAACGAAAAUCGUAAAUAUUAAAAUUAUAAAACAUGUGUAAGCAAACUCGCUCUUUCGUUAGCAAAAAGUUAAACGUUUUAUUCAGAUCUACAUUAAACUCCCCUCUAUAUCCUGCCUUGCCAAAUUCUCACUUACAACAAUGGAUCAUCCAUCAUGUGUCCGUAUUUUUUUUGUAUAUAUAUAUAUAAAUAGCAUUUGUUUAAUUAAUAAUUAUUUGUUCCCCGUUAAUUUCUGCGGUGCUUCAGCGUUGCUCAACAACUAUAGAGUAAUACAAUUCCUAUUAGAAUUAUUAUUGAUACCUUGAAACGGAACGUUACUAAAAAUGAAAAAUAAGAGAUAGGUACCUAGAGAUAUGUUUAGUUAUCUUGUACCGACUCUCGUUAAGCUGCCUCGACAUUAUACAUAGCCACCCAGAAAUAUCAAGUUAAAAUAUGUUUGAAUACUAAUAUAUUUUGGUUAAACAAAUUUACUAAGUGACGAUUACCGACUGAAAUUCUAAUAUUGCCAAAGGGGGGGGGUUUCGCACCCCCUUAAUCUUCAGUUCAUCCCUGCAUAUUUCACAAAAUGGGUGGGUCACUUUUGUAAAUGAGAAGUUGUGAAGUUAUGAUAUAGAGAGGAAUUUAAUUUAUACCUAUACACAACGAUAAACUAUUUCUAACGAAAAACAUUUCGGAGCAAAGUUCGGUUAUACCUACAUGUUUUGAAAGGAAGCGAUAUUUAUGAUUUUGUAAAGUCUUACGACUUAUAAUGAACCUCUAUAAUCCUUAAAUUGUCAGGCAUUUCUGUAUAAGCUCAAAAAUAGUGCAUAUGUUUUGAAAAUUUUAACACGUCUAUAAAAGGUAAAUAUAUAUUUUGACUGAAUUACAACAAAAAAGCAAAAUUGAAAUUAUUGAAUGCAUUAUUUUCGUUAAUUUUGCCUAAUUAUUAUGAAAACCGCUUAGAAAAUUAAAAAAUAACCUAAUAGUAUCUAAAAAGUACCAAAUAGAUAGAAUUUCCUAAAAAAAUACGUGAUACAUCGAAGUAAGAUUUCUGGUAGAAAAGUUGUUUACAGAAUAAAAAAAAAAAACAUUAUUGUAAAACCAACGAUCCGAAUCUAAAAUAAAAAUAGGUAGGUGACAUAAUAACGUAUUAACGUAUUUUUAUUUUAAAAUAUUAUCGUAACUUAUUAACCAAUUUAAUAUAAUAAUUUAUUUGAUUUAGUUUAACUUUAUUUGUUAAAUAAAGUAUUAACUGUAUUGGGUAGGUAUAAAAUGUAUAACAAGACUGAUUAUUAUUUUUCUAAAUCGUCUUUCUUAUGCAUACAAUACACAAUAAACGUAAACGUUUCUAAUAAUUGCACUAAAUGAUAAUUCAAUUUAACGUUUCACGACAGAUAAAAUUGUAUUUGUAUUUUUUUUUUGUUAACUGAAAAUUUAAAAGUCGACUAAUGAAAAAAAGUGGUGCAGAUCGUUUAUAAUUUUUAAAGAUUUCGUCAUGGUUAUAUAUAUAUAUAAUGUCGCCUGUUGUGUCGCCGGAAAAUAACUUAAGACGCUUUCUGUGCAGUCGAGGUACAUACCUCAGAAUUAUCACUUUUUUUUUUUUUUUUUUUAAAAAUGCCAUAGUCCUAUUCUUUGAGAAUGCAUAUGAAUACGUGCAAGGUCGACGAAAGCGCGAUUACCUAACUAAUAUUGUUUUGUUUGUGCCUCUUUUGUCGCACUUUGUUUUUGUUUUUUUUUUCUGGGGGGAAACUUUUACUUUCGCACAAUUUACGCACACUAAACACGUAUUUACUUUACUCCUAUUACGCGACUAUUAAAUGUCAUUGAAGUUCGUGUAUCUUUAUAGGCAGUAACCGGGUACGAAAUACUACCAUUCGGUUUUCAGGCUCCGACGACGCGCAACGUUUUCAUGAUACAGUGAUUCAAAGCCGCAACAUGACAGUUAAUCGAAAAGUAAGUGAUCAUUUUUUUACCUUCGUCGUCUUUAGCACGGUUUAUAACAUAAACUUUAACACGACGAUAAAUGUAUAUAUUAUGUACACAAUAAAUGAAUGUGUUUCAAUAAUAAUAGGUGUAUAUUGUUUAAAAUUAAAUAUGUUGUGGAAUAAAUUAUUUUUAAAGGAAAUGGUUUUUCGGACGGUGGUUACGCUCGUGAUCUCUGUGGAGGUUUGCUGGGGUACGGAUCCACCGAAAUCUUAUGGACCGCCUUCGUCGAAUGAUAAUAAUUAUCAAAGUAUUUACGAUGCCGAAUUUCUAAGACCACUCGCAGUAUUCACUGAAAAACCAAUAAACGUGGCCGACUUUGUACUAGUUCCGGUGAUCCAAGUGCCAUCCUCGGAAUUGCGAGUAAUUUAUCGACCACAGAUAGACAGCGUUUCAAAAACUGAACCAAUUGUUAUGUGUAAAUCUUCAACGAAAUCGUUUGUGAGUAUAAUUAUAAUAUACUCUGAUCUUCUAAUUAUUAGUAUAAUACAAAUAAUAUCCUUUUCAUUUACUUCAUAAUAUUUAAUAAAAUAAUAAAGUAAAAACAAUAUUAUCAAAUGGUUAAUAAUCGUAAAUAAAUAUAUAAAUAAAUAAUUUGUACACAUAAAUUAUUUAUUUAUGAAUACAUUAUAUUAAUUUGUACAAAUUAAUUUAUAAUUUGUAUUGGUAUCUAUUAUAUUUCUACCUAAUUAUAUUUAGCUCGUGGUUAAUAUAUUUUAGGACACAAUAAAAAUUAUUAUUAUAUAUUAUUAAGUAUAAUUCGUCUAAGUAUUAGUAUAACUUUUGUUAAUUUGUGGUAGUUUUAUUUAAAACUCUAAGGAUGUUCUUUUAAAGACCCCAUCUAUAUUUUAUAAUAGAGUUAACUAAUUGAUGAUUAUAGAAAUAAUAUUAUUAAUAAACAAAAAUAUAGGCGCAUCAUGUAUAUAUAAUAAAACUUGAAAACUAAGCAAUGUGAAUUGAAUAUAGAUGUCUACGAUUAUAGUAAGUUAAAGUAAUUUGAUAUCUAGAAAUACGUAGUAAGAUUAUGUAGACAAAUUCAAAAUAAAUAUAGAGAUAUUUUUGUUAAAUUUACUACAUUUUAGGCGUAAGCACAUUUUUAUGGGAAGUUAUAGUAACUCUAAAUAACUUGUUAUAUUAUUUAUUUAAUUUUAAAUACGGUUUACCUUUAAUUACCUAUAAAGUAAUAUGUAGUUAUUUCAAUUUAUUUAUUUUUUCAUUGAUUUAUGAAUUUUACAUUAUUAUAUAUAUAAAAAAAAAAACCGUUAAACUAAAUGCAUAGAUAUAAUUGAUGUUAAAUUUAUCAACAUAUUUUAACCAUAGGUUUUAUUUUGUGUUCGAAAUCGUUUAGCAGUAACACAUAAUAACUUAGAAAAUAUGUUAUUCUCAAACAAAUUCCGUUUUUUUAAAAUUGUUUAUUAUGUGAUUGUUAUUUUAUUAAUAUAUAAAGAAUAUUAUAAUAUGAUCCAUAUAAAAAAUAGUUGAAAAGAAGAAAAACAUAAAUACGUACACACAAUUUGAAAAUAUAUAUUAAUGAAAUUAAAUUCAUUAAGCGUAAACAAAUAGUUAACAAGUAGCGUUAUGAACUGAAAUAUACUGAACUACAAUUUUUAAAUAACCGAGUUAACUCAAUAAUGUAUAAAUAGGUUAUAAACAACUUUUACUUUACAACUUUACUAAUAACAGACCGCGGUAAAUGCGUUUCUUUUGUCAAUGUAGACAGUUUUAAACAAAGACCGUCUCAUGGAAUUAGUCUAAUUAUUCGAACAAUAACCGAUCUGUUUUCAAAAAAAUUUUACUAAUUUUCAUUUGUGCACUAUAUGCAGUUUGCGUUAUUGCCCGCGCGACGCAAUAUUAGACUACCAAUCUAAUAUUAUUAUGUUGUCAAUCCAAAACUAAUAUAUAUAUAUAUAUUUUACGUAAUGCAUGUCUGCAUAUUAAUUACGAUAUUUUCAACUGUGUGUUUAAAUUCACCAAAAAAAAAUUAAUAAUUUAUGUAAUCAUGAAUGUGAUGUGCAAUAAUUUAAUCUCUUAUUAGUUAAUUAUAAUUAUUUCAGAACGGUCAUGCUUACUAGGUUUAAUAUUAUACUCGUAUAAUAUACUAUCAUACAAAAAGUAUGAAAAGCGGUGCCUGUAUAAAUCACGAACAUACUAUUGAGUAUAGUUAAUUGGAUUCUGUGGUGUACUCAACAUUUUUCGAGUUCAUACAUGUUAUAUUAAUCAUUCGAGUUUGAACUCGAAUUUGAAUGAAAUUGGUUAGUUUGAUAGUUUUUGUUAACACGUGAUUUUAUAAAAAAAUAGCGAUCAAUACAACCAAAUAGUUACUAUCAAACUAUUCGAUAGUUGAUCGCAUUCAAUAAUAAUAUAUAUUAUUCGUUUAUGGGAGAAACUAUUCAAAUAGUUUAAAAUAUCGAAAUAUUUGAUAGUUUUUCCGAAAAAAGUAUUUGGCCGUGGAAAAAAAUAUUCAAAUGAAAUAUCCUCUAGUUCGCCCAAACUAUCGAUAGUGUAAAAUAUUCAGAAGUGUAAUUCACUAAUAAAAAUAAUAAAUUCCAGCCGCCCUGUAUGGAAAUGAUUUUUGUUCCAAAUUAUCUGACUUGAGAAUACUACAUGUACGACUUGUACAAUUGUGCAUUGAAUUAUUAACUGUACUUUAAAUACAUCAUAUAUAUACAUAUAUGUAUAGAAGUAUAUAAGUACCUAUUUAAAAUAAUUUGUGCAUGAGAAAAUUGAAUACAAGUUAUAGCUCGAAAUUUUCCCAUCGGAAUAUUUAAAUUAAAUAGGCGUGUCGUUGUAAAAUAAUCUGAAGUUUAAAGUUUUAAAUUAUAGUGAUGUAACAUCGAUCAUUGUAUUUGGAAUAUUUAACAAUAACCAUUCAAUUUUAAACAAAAAUUCAAACUUCUGCAAAAACGACUACAAUAGUUGAAGUAUAACUGACGUUAUUUUAAUUGUUGGUUGAUAUUUUUUCGGUUGCAGGAAGCCACGCCGGCGGUGCAGGUCCCGUUGCAGCAGCCGUUCUACCUGUAUGACGAACGGACACUGAUACCGUUCCCGAAGACUGUAACAAUUUUGCAUGGAGGUUACCGCAUGUCGAUUCCGGUAGCCGUGGUCGUUGCACCGGUAUCCGUGGGCGUUCUCAGAUCCGGUCCAGUUUACGUCACCACCCUGUACGCCAUACCCGUGGGUCCCGUACUAUUACCGACGCCCGUACCAAUCAGGUGAGACUUAUGACCGUCAUGGUCGCCGUUGACGUCCGUGUCUAUUUCAAGUAUUACAAAAAUAAAUCAUUCAUUUUUUCCCCAAUCCUUAGAUUGGUUAAAUUAUCGGUUUUUCUCAAGUUUUCCAUGUCGCUUACCGUUCUUUAGAAUCCUUUACAUUAUCCUUAUUCCCGUAUCUCUUCCAUCACUCGGUUUAUAAACUGUAAGGUUAAGCGUCCAUGGCGUUCUCCUCCCCGAAUUUUCAUAAAUUCUUUCUUCUAUUAUCGUCGUUACUUCUUGUAUAACAUUAUUCCUUUUUAAAUUCCCAAUUUAUCAUUAUCCUCUCCCUAAGCGUACUCCAUAUUUAUAUUCUGUAUGUUUGCCUCCAUAGAAACAUUUCGUUCCUCCUUACUUUUUCAUUCUGUGAAAUUCUGAGUAGACAGAAAAGUACUUUCUCGGCUUUAUAUUGUUCACGAUGCAGUACAAUGGACAAACACCUUUUUGCUUAAAACUUUUUUCAAUUACUCUAUCUUGGUUGCUAGUCUAAACUUAUUGCACAUGUGAUUGCUGAUUGAAAAUGUCUGAUUCGGGCUACUGUAAAUGUGACCGGUUCUUGGGUGACAAAAGUUGCAUGGGAAUAAGUACAGAUGAUCGAACGUUUUUCAUAUGUAAUCACAGGUAUUUUUAAAAAUAAUUUUUUUGUGGUUUCACAAUGCGUGUGAUCGAUCAACAUUUCCGAGCUGUACUAUAUGUGUGUGCUGUAAUUUUUUUUUUUUAGUCGUUCAACGAGUCGAAACAACUUGUCGAGACGCCAAAAUAUACACAUUUUAGAAAUCAUGUGCUGGUUAUAUUAUUUUUACCACUGGGAGCAUAUAGGUGCAAUUUGGGGGUGGCUAAAGGGGGCUAAACCCUCUCUGGCCAGUAUAAAACCCCAUUUAAGUAACGAGAGCCCAAAUACGUUAAAUUUAAUGUAUACUAUAAAAUAUUGCGCUGUCUUCAAUUUAAAAUGAUUGGCAAUUGAUUAUUGAUCAAUGAUAAGAUAAAAAUAUUUAACCAAAAAAUUGUAUUUAUUUUUGGAGGUAAAUUUAUUAUAUUGUAUUUUAUUUUAAACAUAAAAUAAUCCAUGGGGCGGUGGUCCCAUUCCUCCCUUGUACUCGGUACCUCUGGUUAAGUCCUUCCCGGGGGAAAACUUAAAUGGCGCCUUUAUGGAGGUAUACAUAUUAUGUUGUAGAGAUAAAUAGAUUGUACGAUUGUAGUCUCAGAGCUUACAUAUUUUGAUGUAUUGUAUCAAAAUAUUUUUUUUUCGUUAUAACAGUCAUUCGCUAAAAUAUGAUUUACAACGUUAUAUUUAGGAGAGAAUGUAUUUCUUUAAUAACUUUAAGGUUAAUUCAACCGCUCGCCUCCCAGAUACGUUUGAAUUUUUAGUUUAAUUUUAGUAAUAUUUUUACGCGUAUUUAUCAAUAAAUUUGUAUAAUUAUUCAGAUACACCUCUUGGACGCCCUACCCACCGAAUUCACCGGUACUAUCACCGCAGUCACCUGCAAAGAACUCAAAGCCGGAUCCUCCGUCACCACCGUCACCUCCGUCACCUCCGUCACCACCAUCGUAUCCGGCACCUCCAUCACCACCGUCUUAUCCGGCACCUCCAUCACCUCCGUCACCACUAGCCCCGCCGUCCCCACCAACACCGCCGUCACCGCCAUUGUACCUACGGCCAGCACCACCGUCUCCUCCAUUAUACCAGCGACCGACGCCACCACCACCACCACCACCGCCAUCGUACCCACAACCAUCACCACCACCGCCAUCUUACCCACAACCACCACCACCACCGCCAUCGUAUCCGCAACCACCACCACCUCUAUACUCACAACCGGUGCCUCCCUCGCUGACUUAUUACCAAAACUAUAGCGAAGACACUGACCCACCAGGAAAACUUUAUACGCAAUUCGUGGCCAGUCCACCGUUUCAAAACUCCAAGGAAUCGCCUGUGCUCAACCAACUCAGAGAAGAGUCGGAAAAAAACCGUAACAAAUAUGCACCGCCAUCGUAUUCCAAUCAGUAUCAAACGAUAGAUGCAUAAACACAUCACUCGUUUAUGAUUUUUCUACAUUAUCGUUUUUUUUUUUUUUUUUAAUACCUACUAUUUUUUUAUUCUAGUUAUUAUUUUUAUAUUACAGUAAAACUAUUUUUAACUGCUUGCUCAGACAAAAAAUAUUAUUCGAGCAAAUGUUUAAAGUUUAACCCAAACGAAAGACAAUAUCUGAUUAACAACAACAAUAAUAAUAAUAAAACAAAUUAUCAUAGUCCCAAUGAUUUAUUUUGAUAUUAGCUCAAUUUUGCGAAACCAAUAUCUGCAAUAAUGCAGUUACAGUAUUUAUACAGAGACUAAUACUAUACUUAUAUUUAUAACUGUACAAACAAUUGUGUGUACCUAUGCUAAGGUCAUUAGAUAAGAAUUAACUUGCAUGGUUAAAUAAUUUUACUUUAAAACCAUUUAAGUUUGUUGAGUGCUAAUUUAAAAUCACAGCAGCUAAACAACUAAUAAAGUUAUAAAUUAUUAUUUCGUAUCCUAUAAAUAGGUACUUGGACGUGUAUUACAAAAAAACAAAUUAUACUGUAACUUAUUAAAAUUUGUAUCCAAC